AUGUGUUAUGAUGUUGAUAAGUCAAACGACACGCUGUACACCUUUCUACCUCAGCAGAGAACCUUAUUCUAUAGUAAGAAUAGCGAUGCUGGAGGAUCUCAAAGUUCGCUGACAUCCGUGACAUACAACUCUGUUACAAAGACGCCGUGCUUGGAGUUACUCGAUUUGGGUCACACAAAAGACGGCAUCUAUGAGAUGACAACAGAAACAGGUUUGGUGUUCCAAGUCAUGUGUGACAUGACAGGAGGAGGAUGGACAAUACUACAACAUCGUGUUAACGAUACAGAGGUCUUCAGUCGCAAUUACCAGGAUUAUGUGGACGGUUUCGGCUCGCUUCACGGAGAAUUCUGGCUUGGUCUUGAGUAUAUAUAUAUCAUGACAAGACAACCCCGGUCAGUCAAGUUCGAUUUACGCAAAGAUACGAAUCAAUGGCUGUUAUUACAAUAUAGCUCCUUUACUAUUGACGAUUCUGCGGCCUAUUACAAACUGCACGUGUCUGGUCACGUGGCUUCCGCGGGAAUGUGUACCUAUACGUUUACGUACAAUGACGGUAUGGAGUUUCAUGCCAAAGAUCGAGAUAGAUCAAAUUGUGCGUCUCAACGUAAAGGAGGCUGGUGGUUUAAAUCGUGUACAUGGCUGAACAUUAACGGGGGCUAUGGGUUACGGAAUACAAUGGCAACCAUGGGAGAAUAUUGUAGUAAUUACAAUUAUUUUACAGAAACCAUCAUGAGCAUACGGUAG